AUGGUGACCAUUUUGAUCGAGCCGGAAAUCCUUCUGUCCGCUCUGAUGAUCAUUGCUCUUGUCUGGGGCAUCCGGAAGUGCGUCGCCCUUGGUACGUUGAGCAAGUCGACCCUAUCGCAGCUCGAGUCAACCCCCCUCGAGCUGCAGUUCGAAAAGGAGGCACUGGGUAUCCGCACCCUCACCAUGCAGAGCAAGCACUCGCAGGGUGAGCGGAAUGCGGCAGUGAAGAAAUUCAACUCGGCCACGUACCCCAGUCAGCUGCAUGAUCACGUCGAUGAAGCUAUCCUGAUUGGGGGUAAACUCCCAUCAACUCCCAUCAUGCCUGCUGGGACGGGGUCAUCAUGGAGUACUCUGUCAACAUGGGAAUGCAGAUCCAGGCACUCGGUCAACUCUGGCGCAUGCAGGAAGAUCUUAUUGAUUAUCCGCGUGGACGACACUUGA